AUGGGCGAUGCCAUGGGCAGGGAGUAUUUCGAGGAGGCGUACAAGAUCUUGGCGAAGCCCGGCCUGCGCGCAGACUACGACACCGAGUACAAAAAGCUUGUCGAGGCAGGUGACGACAGAAUUAUGAGAAGCAAGUGUACCGGCGCAUGUCCUCACCGAUCCGCCCAUCCUCAAUGGCUGCUCAGCGCAGAAAGCCGAUUCAGAGCCAAGAUUGAACAUGAGACGAGCAAUUAUGCAAUUUCGAAGAGCCAGAUGAUACCGGCCUUGGACAAUGUCAUUCCGUUGUCGCAGGACAAGAUGUUGGAGGCAGACGAGACGGCUCUAGAGGAUUCGCGCAUGCGACGGCAGUUCUACCACAUGAUAUUGGCAUUGAUCCUGCACUGGAAGGCUACUUGGCCUUGGACUGAGCCACUCAAGGCUUCUGCCCCGUUCCCCGAGGAGAACUAG